GUGUCUGUGUCGGUUCGGUUGUUAUCAUCUUCUCACUCAUUCACUCCAAUAUAUAUAUUCUAUAAAUCUCUCAUGGACUGUUCAUAUCGAUUUCUUAUUUAUUUUCCCAAAUUCCUUCUUCAGUUCACUUCUUCUUCGUAGCCGCAACUCACCAGCAUAGGGAUCACAACGCCUCUAGUCCUUCUCUCUCCCCUGUUUCACAUAAGAUCUGAUCCAGUUAUUUAGCCCUUUGUUCUAUAUUUGUUAACUUCGUCGCUGGUUUCGUGGCUGAUCUCUUUGUUGAAGUCAGUAUUCAGUAUUUCCUUCCACUAGAACUCUGAUUGAUCCCCUGUUCCACCCAUCGUUCUGGGUUCAUUUUGGCUUAAGUAACAUUGAUGAUGGAUCUGACUGAAAAAAUACAUGGAUCAGAGUCCGAGGGGAUGGAUAGCAAAUGCCCUGACGCGGUUUCAUCGGAAGAAGGCCAGGCUAGCGAUCCUAAGAAGAGCUGUUCCGAUUGCAUGACUACGAAAACCCCCUUGUGGAGAGGCGGACCAGCUGGGCCUAAGUCACUCUGUAAUGCUUGCGGGAUCAGAUACAGAAAGAAAAGAAGGGCUCUCCUUGGCUUGAACAAAGGAGGACCGGAGAAGAAGAAAGAUGGGAGAAGUAACCCAAGCAACAACAACAAGAAGCUCGGUGUCUCACUAAAGCUGAGAAUACUAGAAUUAGGGAGGGAGGUGUUUCUGGAUAGAUCAACCAUGGAGAAGCAGAGGAAGUUGGGAGAAGAAGAACAGGCGGCCGUUCUACUGAUGGCCUUAUCUUGUGGCUCUGUUUAUGCCUAAUCAAUCGUUUAGAUAUUUGAGAAAUUUCAGUUUUCUGUCAAGUUUUGAUGUUUAUCCCUGUAAACCCUUUUCCUUUUCCUUUUUGUUUGAUGGGGGUUUUGGGGGGUUAUAGACAUAAAAGAAGAAAUUGAGGGUAGGUAGGAGAGGGAAGAAUUGAAUGGUUGAGAUGGAUGGAUGAGGAUAGAUUGCAGAUCAUGGUUUUGCUAACAAGGAUUAAAUCCUGUACUCUUUUCUUUCCAUAAAUAUAUCUAUAAAUCUUUUUAUA